CCCUUUGGCUCUUUUUCUUAGCCACGAAGCUAAUAUUCUCGUGCUGGGUCACACCAACCCUCAAAAGAAGACGAGAGUCGAAAAAGAUUUUCUAUUGUAUUCCUCGGAUACAGUAUUUCUCUAAGAACAGCCGGGACAACGUUAAUUUUAUCUCAGCCGUUCAUGUUCCAGAAGUUCUCACUUACAGAGGGCUACGAUAGGCGAAACGGUUGCUAUGCUGUUUGGAAGCAAACAGCGGUUCAGCUUCCACCUAGUUGCUAGUGCACACUGACUCAAGCGGGACCCGCAGGAUACGGGCAUCGGGGCUCCCCUUGAUGACACGUGGAUAUCCUGUGCUGCUAUGUGGGCCCCGCCCUACACCGAACUCCGUCCAUAAAUACAUCUCCCCUCCACCGCUAUUCUUCCCUUUCCCCCCGCUCCCUCCCUCCUCUAUUUGCUUCAACACCGGUCCAUUUUAUCGGCUCGGUACGGUUCUUUUCGGUACCGUCCGGUCCGUCACCAUGUUCGCCCUCGAAGAAGCCCUCGACUUCCCGCUCCUCGAACAAGUCCUCGACGGUGAUUUGGGGUUCACCCCGUGGGAAACCCAGCCGACCCCGGCUCAGGAAACGUCUGCCCAGACCGGCCCUAAACCCGGACCGGACGAACCGGACCGGCCUCUGUCCCUGGCAGAGGAAAGACGCCGCCGGCGGAUGAUCUCGAACCGGGAGUCGGCCCGGAGGUCCCGGAUGCGGAAGCAGCGCUACCUGGAGGAGCUCCGGGCCGAGGUGAACCAGCUCCAGUCGGAGAACCGGGCCCUCGAGAACCGGCUUGGCGCGCUCGUCCGCUGCUGCCUUCUCUUCCGCCGCGACAAUGACCGGCUCCAGUCCGAGUCGGCCGCGCUCCACCGCCGGAUAUCGGGGCUCCACCGUAUCCUGCUCCUCCGCCGGCAGCUCCACCGCCUGUCGUCGCCUGCCUCCGCCGCCGUCUGCGGCGGCUUCGCCCCGGGAACCGACCAGACCGUUGCGUCGCUAAUCGUAUAAAACGCUAAAAAAAAAUCGGGAAAGGAAUUCGUUAACGAGGAAACGGCCAAACCGGACUGCUGGACUGGAGACAUAUAAAACCGCUAGUGUUCUGGUUUUGGUCAUUUAACGUCGGAAAAGUAUCGUCUGCUUUCCGUUUUUCCUUUUUUUUUGGGUCUUUUUAUUUUUUUCACUCUUUUUUUUUGGUUAAAAUCGGUCUGUGUAUAAAGCUUGGGUACCAUUGGGCUGUUUUAUUCGCUCAGACGUUUUGUUCCAAUGUGUUCUAAAAACGCCCUUUUGGCAUCCACAACCUUCUCGAAGAAAAACACGACGAGAAUGACAUCGUCAUCCUGGAAAAUUGAACUAGUGGAGGUGCAUUUACCUGGAACUUGGGGUCUUGGGGGAGAUGGUGGGCUACUUUUGGGUCCACUGAAAUUAAAUUACUGACUCUUAGUUUUGGACGACAUGAAGGACGUAUCACCAGUUCUUUGGACGUGUUUUAUAGCUGCCUCUCACUCCUACGCCAUAUACUUUUCAUCAACUUUAUUGGUUGCACUUAUUCUAGGGCAGUGUGAACAUCCGUUAUUAAAAAAAAAAAAAAAAAUCAUACAUGAUGCCUUAGUGCAUAUGGGCCCCACUUCUGCUGUUAUGUGCCACGGUGGUUUGGCCCUUUGUUGUCAUAAUUAGGUUCCAUGUCUUUGGUCAGGAUGUUACUGCUUUCGUUGAGCUGUUGUGCCAUAAAGUUGGUAGAAUUGCAAAGAAAUUUCUGAGUAGGCCAAUUAGUUUAUCAUGUUGCUGUCUUCUUGUCGACCCAUCCCGGGCACUUGUGCAGAGAAUCAUGGCGGAGAUGAAGGUGAUGAUGGGAUGUGCUUGACUAGGCAACGAGAAAGUAGGUCUGGAGCUGCAUGGAAAUGGAAGUUAUAACAAUCUACAGCACACAGCCUUGUGCUCAGUGACAUAUCUACUGCACCAGAAGUGUUCAUGUAGACUACAGAGAGGCAACCUUUUUUUUUGUGCAUGGUUUGUAGGCCAUACACGUUCUCUGAAAUCUCAAACUAAGUAUUUGUUUGUAAUAUAAUCCGAGAACAUUCAAAUAACUAGGCACCUAAAAAUAGGAUGACAUCUCUUCUUCAUAUCUCCAUGCUUAUGUUCUGUCAUGGCUGAAAACAAUACCAUCAUGAAAGCAAAUCGGCCAGGGUUUGCAGCUUAAGAGGUAACAUAUGGCUUUGAUGGCAUCAGAA